AUGGAGAACUUUCUCCAGUUGCCCCCUCUCUUACCUCCCCUGGCAGAAGCACCUGAAAGACUGGACUAUUGUAGCUCUCUCUGCGUGGGGCUGCCCUUGAAUCUGCUCCGGAAGCUGCAGCUAGUCCAGAACGUGGCAGUGCAGGUGUUGACGGCGAAGUCUGUGCAGAGGCAUAUCCGCCCAGUGCUGUGCGACCUGCACUGGCUGCCUAUUGAAUUCAGGAUUUGUUUCAAGCUGUCGGUAAAGGAGGCCUUCCCCGCCCUGCCGGACGCUUUCACUGGGCAGGCCGAGAAAGAGAAGGGAGCUGUCCUCCGAUCCGGUCUGGUCUUCAUCAGGAGGGAUGAUGAACCAACCCACUAUGCGAAUCUUAUGUACGAGAGGAGGGUGGUCAGAGGCAAUACCUAUGCCCUUCACCUGCUACCUUGGAGUGGCGACCCCGACCCCGUGGAGCUCCAGAGGCAGCGGGAGGCCCACCGCAAAGCCCUGACUCGGAAACGUGCCAGAGAUCAGCUGCAGACGAGAACCCCGGACCCUUUGGAGGGCAGGCGUCAUAUUAGCGUGCAGACGGAAUUAUACCUGGAAGAGCUCGCUGACCGUAUUGUGGAAGUUGAUGUGGAAUGUCAAACGGAUGAGUUCUUGGACCGACCGGCGACACCCCUCUUCAUUCCCGCGAAGUCCGGUCGAGAUGUGGCCACGCAAAUAUUGGAAGGAGAGCUGUUUGAUUUCGACAUUGAAGUCAAGCCGAUGCUUGAAGUCCUGGUCGGGAAGACCAUCGAGCAGGCUCUGCUGGAAGUCAUGGAGGAGGAGGAGCUGAGCAACCUGCGGGCCCACCAGUACGCCUUUCAUGAACUGCGCCGCGCCGAGCUUGCGGAGGUGCAGCGCCUGGAGGAGCAGGAAAGACGUCACCGGGAGGAGAAGAACCGCCGUAAGAAACAGCAGCUGGAAUUCCUGCAGAAGGAGAAGGAGACCUCUGAGAAAAUCGCAGCUCGGGCGUUUGCUCAGCGGUACCUGUCUGACCUCAUUCCCUCCGUCUUCGGUAGCCUUCGGGAAAGCGGGUACUUCUUCGAUCCGGUGGAAAGAGAUAUCGAAACCGAAUACUUACCGUGGUUGAUGGACAAAGUAGAAGAGAUCGUAGAGAAGAGGGUUCUGGGAGGAAUCAUGACAGACAGCUUGAUUCGCGACGUGAUGGAAAAGCGGUUGGGUGCUUUUGAACCAGCCCCACCACCGGAAGAAGUCAUCCACCCUCCCGGCGAGGAAGUUGAUCGCACACCCUCCAUUGAGGUAGUUAUAAGGACUGAGACCUCGGAUCAAGUGGAAGGCUCAGCUGAGCCAGAAGCCUCGGGUCAAGCGGAAGGUUCGGCUCAGCCGGAAGCCUCGGAUCAAGCGGAAGGUUCGGCUCAGCAAGAAACUUCGGAUCAGGUGGAAGGUUCGGCUCAGCUGGAAGCCUUGGAUCAGGCAGAAGGCUCAGCUCUGCCGGAAGCCUCAGAUCAGGCCAAAGCAGCAGAAGAGCCAGAAACCAAGGAGGCUGAACCCCAGUGA